GUUUCUCCAACUCCAACAGCUCUCUAGUAACUCAGCAGCUCCAGCAGCAGCCCAACCUUCUCAGUCAGACUGGGAGACUACAGCGGUAGGAGUGGAGGUAGAUACAGCCACAGCAGCUCCAGAGCAACAGAAGACCCAGGUAGAGAUCCAGGGACAGGACGUUUCUCCCCAGACUGAAGGGCCUCUCCCUGGGCAUCAUGGUGGUGUUCUGGCCGGUGGUGGCUCUCCACCCCGGGCUGUGCUCCGCAGGAGGCCAUCCCAGGACGGUGCUGCUCCACACAACAGGAGGGCGGUGAGCAUGUAUGGAGCCGCAGCCAGGCAGCAUCGAGGCUCGCUAAGCCGCCAGGACAGACAGGACAGGCCCAGGAGUGUGUGCAUGCUCGCAGGCCCCAACCUCAACCCUGCCCUAUCAGAGCCCGGGUCCCACUCCCAACAGACCUCCAGGAGGGGGGCUACAAGGUCUCUGGACGGUCCCCCACAGCAGCGCUGGACCAGGAGGGCAGAGCUGCGGGCGGUGGACGGCCUUAAGCCAGGGGUGCUCCCUCAGUGGACGGUGGCGGGGGCUGAGGAGAAGGUGGUCCCCCGGGUCCGGCAGCAGACCUGGAAACCGAGACCGGUCAGCAUGACUGUGUUGGAGCUGAGGAAGAAGGCCUCGGGGUCUCAGGAAGGGCUGGACAGCGAAGGAGGAAGCCAGGGGGGAGGUCUAUUUGGCCGCUGGAGGCUGUUCGGCCGACCAGCCCAGGACAAGGAGAAGGAGGAAGCCCCAGACCCAGGCUCCAAGCCCAGCAGCAAGCCGGAUGCCCCCAAGAAGACCCUGAGCUCCUUACGCCGGAGCCUCAGUCUGCGGAUCAGGAGGAACCGGCCACGGGAAAGAGUGGACAUUUCUGAGGUGACAGCAGAGGAACGCUCACGCACUACAAGUAUGGAGCAGGAGACAUCUCGCCCCUUGCGGCCCUUCUCCUAUCUGACUGGGAGGACCCUGCCACCUCCUUACGAGAGGGAUGAUGAUGGAGGGAGGCAGUUCAUUCAGUACCACAGCCAGGGCAAGGUCAAGGUGAUGGAGGUGCCCCUCUACCCAGCCAAACUGUCCUCCUCUACUAAACCGGCCCAGGAGGAGCCCAGCCUAUGGCAGCUCAUAGCCAGACGCUUUAGGAGGAAGGAGCAGCAGCAACCGUCCAACGGUAAAUGUGAACUCCAGCCCCGACACCCGAGCAAAGAGACUGGCAAAUAUUCCCUGGGCAGGAUUAAAAAGCCUCAGUCAGUUGCAAUAGAGACUCUGGUAGACUGCAACAAAGGUCAAGACUCUUUCGUCAAUAGCCAGGAGUGGACAUUGAGUCGAUCAGUGCCAGAGCUCAAAGUGGGUAUUGUGGGUAAUCUGUCGAGUGGGAAGUCGGCCUUGGUCCACCGGUACCUGACAGGCACAUAUGUGCAGGAGGAAUCUCCUGAAGGUGGUCGGUUCAAGAAAGAGAUGGUGGUUGAUGGACAGAGCUACCUGCUGCUGAUCAGAGAUGAGGGAGGCCCCCCGGAGCUGCAGUUUGCAGCAUGGGUAGACGCGGUGGUGUUUGUCUUCAGUCUGGAGGAUGAGAUCAGUUUCCAGACAGUCUACAACUAUUUCCUGCGUCUGUCCAGCUACAGGAACACAGCAGAGGUCCCCAUGGUCCUGGUUGGGACGCAAGAUGCCAUCAGUGCUGCCAACCCCAGAGUGAUCGAUGACUCGCGGGCGAGGAAGCUGUCCAACGAUCUGAAGCGCUCCACCUACUACGAGACCUGCUCCACCUAUGGCCUCAAUGUGGAACGAGUCUUCCAGGAUGUUGCCCAGAAGGUGGUGGCUCUGAGGAAAAAGCAGCAGCUGUCUAUUGGUCCGUGCAAGUCCCUGCCCAACUCUCCCAGCCACUCAUCAGUCCCCAACGCAUCCAUCCCCUCUGUGCAUAUUAACCAGUCAGCGAACGGCGGGGGUGCGUUCAGCGACUACUCCUCCUCUGUGCCCUCCACUCCCAGCAUCAGCCAGAGGGAGAUGCGUAUCGAGACCAUUGCUGCCUCCAACACGCCCACACCCAUCCGCAAGCAGUCCAAGCGCCGCUCCAACAUCUUCACUUCACGGAAAGCCAACAGUGAACAGGCAAAGACCACUGACAGUAAAACAGAUAGCAUAGGCAGUGGAAGGGCCAUACCCAUCAAACAGGGCAUCCUUCUGAAGAGAAGUGGGAAGUCCCUGAAUAAGGAGUGGAAGAAGAAAUAUGUCACACUGUGUGACAACGGCCUCCUCACCUACCACCCCAGUUUACAUGACUACAUGCAGAAUGUGCACGGUAAAGAGAUUGACCUGUUGAGGACCACGGUCAAGGUGCCAGGGAAGCGACCACCCAGAGCGGUCACCACCAUCGCCCCCACUGCCAGCCCCAAGACCAACGGGCUGACCAAGGACCGUAGCACCCUGCAGCUAGGAGUGGGCACUACAGGUGCGCCCCACUCUAACAGUAGUACGUCCCUCCAGUCAGAGCAUUCGGUCGGCGGGGGAAAUCUGGUGGGCUUCGGGGGAAGUAAAGACGGCAUGCACCAACGCUCCUUCUCUGUGUCCAGCGCUGACCAAUGGAACGAGGCCGUCAUCAACACCAGUGCAAGCACCGGGACCGCCAACGGGAUGGCCGAGCCCCUGACCUGCAGCUCUGGGGUGGGCAGUGCCACCAGUCCUAAGCAGGAGCCUCCCCCCUCGCCUCACGCCAACCGCAAGAGACACAGACGGAAAAAGAGCACAGGCAUCACCAAGCCAGACGGACCGUCUACAGGCAACGAAGAGUCGGAGGAGUCGUUUGAGUUCACCAUAGUGUCUCUGACGGGCCAGAUGUGGCACUUCGAAGCAUCUACGUUUGAGGAGAGAGAGCUGUGGGUCACAGCCAUUGAGAGCCAGAUUUUUGCCAGCCUGCAGUCCUGUGAGAGCAUGAAGAACAAGUCCCGGUUAGGCAGCCAAAGUGACGCGGCAUCCAUUCAGUCCAUAAGGAACGUGAGAGGGAACAGCUUCUGUGUGGACUGUGAUACAGCCAACCCUGACUGGGCCAGUCUGAACCUGGGGGCUCUGAUCUGUAUAGAGUGUUCAGGGAUCCACAGGAACCUGGGGACCCACCUGUCUAGGGUGAGGUCUCUGGACCUGGAUGACUGGCCUGUGGAGCUCAGCAUGGUGCUGAUGGCUAUAGGCAACACCAUGGCCAACAGUGUCUGGGAGGGGGCCCUGGAGGGGUACACCAAGGUGGGCGCUGACAGCACCAGGGAGGAGAGGGAGCGUUGGAUCCGGGCAAAGUAUGAACAGAAGCUGUUCCUUAUGGAUGUCCCCCAGUCGGACGUGCCCCUGGGGCAGCAGCUGCUUCGGGCUGUGGUGGAGGACGACCUGAGGCUGGUGGUGCUGCUGCUGGCCCACGGCACCAAGGAGGAGGUCAACGAGACGUACGGGGACGGAGACGGACGCACUGCCCUGCACCUGUCCUGCGCAAUGGCCAAUGUGGUCAUCACCCAGCUUCUCAUCUGGUAUGGUGUGGAUGUGAAGAGUCGGGACGCGCGCGGCCAGACGCCGCUGUCCUGCGCCCGGCGGGCAGGAAGCCAGGAGUGUUCUGACAUCCUGCUCCAGCACGGCUGCCCCAAUGACCCCGUCAGCAGCCUGACCACACCUAACAUGAGCCGCAGAAACCCCGAUGUUAAUCCUAACCCUAACGUCAACAAUAACAACGCCCUCGGUGAACUCAACCGCAGUGUCAGUAUCAUGUAAGGAGUGGAGAUCCCAGAUCCCAGGAGUGGAUCUGACCGGACUCACGGAUCACCAAGGCCCCUGAACAUACACAUACUGUGUCCCCAUAGACUACCCAGUGAUCGUACUACUUUCCCAGCGCCCAGUCCUCAUUCUCCUCUUACUCUACUUCAUAUUGUGUAACCUAGACUGAGUAACUGACAGUGGAGUUUUGUUGUUGUUGGCGCAAUGGACAGGAUAGAGAUAUUCCACGACACUGAGAGAGGUGCUUAGCUGGUGGACAUGGUAUAUUGUAUUUGUUUUGUUGUUUUUCUCAUAUCAUCACCACAGAGGUGCAUCUCUGUCAGAAACGUUCAUGAUCAGCUUUAAAGCUUGUUAUUGUUAUUAAGCAUCAACCAAAUGAAUGGCUCAAGAUUUCUUUGUGUUUUUGGUAUUCACCUCUCCGCACUCUGUACUAAAACAUUUCCUUUCAGGUCUUCAUCUGUUGGAGCCAGACUGGGUUUUUAUUCGACUGUUAUAUGAAAUGACUAAUUCCAUCCAUUCAUGCUUCCAUGCCUACAUGGAGAAAGAUGAACACCUUCGUAACAUCUUGCAUUAGAUACUCAAAAGGAACUUKUAUUUUGGAUGCACAGCGCAUGGUAAGUGAUACCAUGCAUAGUCAUACAGGAAAGAAACUAUUAAUAUCGAUAAUGUAAUAGAGUUUACGACACGUAAGGUCCUCCAUAAUCCAUGUCCCACCAAUAUCACAAUUAUUAAGGUUCUAUUUGACCCAGUUAUUAUUGGUACUAUUAAGCUAUCAAACUCUUGACAUGCCAUUCAUGUACAAAAGCAUGUCUACAUGGAAGAUCGAAAAUUAUUGAAAUACUUUACUUAGGGGCAAAAGGUUUAAACCACAAUUUGAGAUUUAAGAAAUUAUUGCACAAUGGGAGAAUUUUGGGAGAUAGUAAAGUGAUUCAUUUGUUGCCCUUACAAAUCAUCCAUCAUUAUAAGGGAAUUGAUGGGUCUGUUUUAUGAGCACCGGGCCGAAUGUUUUUUGUAAAGAUUCCUCUUCAAUCGGAAAUCUUUCACAGGGAUGAUUGAAGGAAGGAAAUUGUAUCAUUAAGACAUCUUUGUUGGAGUAAUUUCUGAACGGGUUGAAGAGUGUUGAUAAUUACUUGACACAUCACAUAUCCUAACCCAAUUUUCUAACUACUACAGGCGUAAUGGAAUAUCUGUUCACCUCCUGUGGCCGAAGGCCCUGUAUAUUGAUACUCAUGAUACUAUUUCUUCUGUUGUUGCUGUGAACUAUGUGGUAUGUGUGUGUGUGUGUGUGUGCGUGCGUGCGCGUGCGUGCGUGUGCUUAUGUAUGAGUGUGUGAGUGAAAGAGAGAGAGCAAGUGAUUGAGUAAAUCUGUGUAAGGACACCAUUGGGAGAAAAGGUUAACAUUUAUAGUUGUUUGACUAAAAUAUGUUUUCAAGUGUACAGACCUAAAGUAGCUCUUCCUCCUAUAAGAUUUAUCCUGAAACAUUGUGGAUUAACUUUGACUUCUGGAGUCGUAAUUUCCUCUCCAACUGACGUGACUUUAACCAACCAUCCUUACUCAAUGGACCUAACCAAGUACAUUCAAGUGUCAAACUGUGGAGAUGGUGACUGAACGGGUCAAGAAGGGAUGAAGAGAAAAGCUGCGAUGACUUGAGACACUAUGGUAAUUCUUCAUGAUAAAAUCAUAUGUAUAUAUCAGUUUUAGGACAAGACAAGAUAAAGUAGGAAGGGCUUUGACCACAGGAAUAUUCAAGUGAGAUUGGCAUAAAGUCUAUAGAGACAUGUAUUUUUCCUCGCUCUUCCGCUGUUUUAAGGAUUGAAAUUAAAACCCAGUUUUCUGGUCUUUAGUUUUACUAUGGCGGUGUUUAUGUUUACAGGGCAAAGGCUCUUCAUAUUAACCCUGGUACUUUAUCUACAUGGUUUUGUUGAUUCCCAGCGGGCAUAACUGGUUGGAAUUAUAUCAGUAUAACCAUAUUACAAUCUGGUUGUAAACUGGUUGGAAUUACAUCAUUUAAACCAGCUUGGCUCUGUGUAUUCCCUCUGUAUUUGUAGUUUAUUGAAGCUCACAGAAUAUCAAUGGGGCUCCUGAGUAGCGCAGUGGUCUAAGGCACUGCAUCUCAGUGCACGAUGCGUCACUACAGUCCCUGGUUCGAUUCCAGGCUGUA